GUUCUUUCUGGCCUGGAUACAUCUAAUUUGGUUCUUUCAUUUUAGUUUUCACUUAUCUCCAAGCGAGCCGUAUUUAGUUAGUGAAAUCUAAACUGAAGGAUCAAAUAUGUAUCGUUUUCGGAAAUUGUUGAAAGGAGAAAGUUCAUGUAAGAAGCUUGGGAAGAAAAAAGCUUCUUCAUCCUGGCUUGGGGUCAUGACAGGUGACAUUGAAGGAAAAUGGGCAAGUAGUAGAAAAAUGCUGUACAAAUCCAGCAUUCAGAAAGCUAAAAGAAUUCUUCGGAUUAAAACUGGAUUGGCCAAAAAAAGAGUGAUGGUUGAAUCAUUAAUGGCGGCCAAACAAGAUGCCGCCAAGACUGUGGCAAGCCUAAGGUCUCUCAACAUGAGAAGGAAUGAGCUAAGGGAUAAGCUGAAUAGUGCAAUCGAUGAGUUGGUGAGAUGGCGAGCUUUGGAGACUUGGUUGAUGGGUUUCCUUUGAAGUAGAGAGCAAAGUCAAUCUCUAAGAUUCAUGACUUUGUGUUUUCUUUACUUCUUGUUGGGUGAUGUUUGGUAUCGAUAUCCAAUAAAUUUGUUUGAA